CGGCCGCCCAGGGCCCGCGCGCUCUGCAGUCGGACGCGCUGGGCACGGGCAACUCCGCCGCGAACUACAAGUCCCCGCGGCCCCUUCGCGGGCGCCGCCCCGAGCCCGGCCCGCCCGCAGGUGCCCGCGCUGCCCGGCCGGCCGGCAUGGAGUCCCGCGCGGCCGACGGCUGCUUCCUGGGCGACGUGGGGUUCUGGGUGGAGCGGACACCCGUGCAUGAAGCCGCACAGCGGGGCGAGGCAGUGCGGCUGCAGCAGCUGAUUGAGAGCGGGGCCUGUGUGAACCAAGUGACCGUGGACUCCAUCACACCUCUACACGCCGCCAGCCUGCAGGGCCAGGCCCAGUGUGUGCAGCUUCUGCUGGCAGCUGGUGCCUGGGUGGACGCUCGGAACAUUGAUGGCAGCACCCCACUGUGCGACGCCUGUGCCUCGGGCAGCCUGGAGUGUGUGAAGCUCCUGCUGGCCUAUGGGGCCAAGGUCAACCCCCCGCUGUACACGGCGUCCCCCCUGCAUGAGGCCUGCAUGAGCGGAAGCUCCGAGUGCGUGAGGCUCCUUAUCGACGUCGGGGCCAACCUGGAAGCGCACGACUGUCACUUCGGGACCCCCCUGCAUGUCGCCUGUGCCCGCGAGCACCUAGACUGUGCCAAGGUGCUGCUCAAUGCAGGCGCCAACGUUAACGCAGCCAAGCUGCACGAGACGGCCCUCCACCACGCAGCCAAGGUGAAGAAUGUGGACCUCAUUGAGAUGCUCAUCGAGUUUGGAGGCGACAUCUACGCGCGGGACAACCGGGGCAAGAAGCCGUCAGAUUACACAUGGGGCAGCAGUGCGCCUGCCAAGUGCUUCGAGUUCUACGAAAAGACUCCUCUGACACUGUCCCAGCUGUGCCGGGUGAGCCUGCGGCGGACCGCUGGGGUCCGGGGCCUGGAGAAGAUCGCCAAACUAGACAUACCUCCCCGGCUCAUCGAUUACCUGUCCUACUGCUGACCCCUGCUCAGGGAGCUCCAGAAGCACCUGCUUCCCGUCCCCUCCUGCUUCCAGCUCAUCUUCCCCGAGGACCCCCGAGCCCAGGUCCAGGGUGUGGGCAGGACCCGCCCUGGCAGCUGCUCUGUGCUGGGCUCUGGCUGCGGGCGGUCUGGCCUGCCUUUGCCCCUGCCCUGCCUCCAGGUCCUUCCGGAAGACACCUGUGCAGCUGGGGAGGCCGGGUGGACAGAGGCCAGAUUGCUGAGCGCUUUCUUGGGCCUGGGGUCUGCCCUCACCCGUGGCCCUGCCCCUUAUGGCUCCUAUCCCACUCAAGGCUCAGGUCUUUG